CUGAGCUCUCUAUUACCGUAUCUACGCAUAAUUCUAAAAUAUUCAGAGCUGAGCACUCUGGUACUUGUGCUGGUUAUCGUAAUUUCAACCGUCCUCGUUUUUACAUCGCUUUACGUAGGAGGAGCUGUGGCGGUGAAGCUACGAACAGACAGACUCAUGGAGGAGGUGAGUAGGAUUCUAAUUUUUCUUCAUAUUUGA